GUUUUGUAGUUAAACAUCCUUUUUAUCCGUACUGCGUCCCGUUCAUUUUCAUCACUCUGAUUUAAAAAUCUUGGUUAUCUGAUUCAAAAUAAAGAGUUAUCUGAUUUAAAAUAAACAGGAAGAUGGAUUGCUUAAAAAUAUUUAUUUAUUUCUGUUUCAAUCAACUAAUUAGUGUUUUGUAAAUGUACUUACUACAUGGUCUAAAGAUGUUUUAAGCACCAUAAACAUUAAUUUGUAAUGUUUUUAUAGUUUAAAAUGCCCAGCUGGAUAUCAUUACGUAGGCAUUUUAAUUUAAAAUUGUUUAUUUACAUUAUUUGCCUUUGUUUACCUGUAAUUUUAUCUCCAUUGGCUACUUCUUCUCAGAAGGAAGCAAGAUGUUCCUACGUCAUCCUGUUGGUAGCCACUUAUUGGCUUUUAGAACCAGUACCAAUAUCCGCAACAGCCCUCCUACCUGUUGUAUUGUUUCCAAUUCUAGAUGUUGUUGGCUCAGCUGAUAUCUGUUUGAAUUAUUUGAAGGAGUCAUUCAUGAUGUUUAUUGGUGGACUACUUAUGGCUAUUUCUGUAGAAGAAUGCAGGUUGCACGAAAGAAUUUCUUUGAAGAUAUUGAUGUUCAUGGGGUCUGAUAUAAAAUGGCUCAUGUUGGGCUUUAUGAUGACAACUGCGUUUUUAUCCAUGUGGAUCAGCAACACGGCGACAACUGCAAUGAUGAUCCCGAUUGUUGAAGCAGUACACAAAAAGAUCUCCAUACCCAUCAGCAAUGACAUUGCUUUAGAGGAAAAUACAGAAGCAUAUGUUUCAGAGGUAUCAACUGAAAACAAAGAAGUGGAAAACGCGUCAAAUGAGGAGAUUCCAAAUAAUGAGAAUCUUCAACAAAGAAAUUCUUCAAUUAAAACUGUAUUGCUGUUGUGCGUUUGUUACUCUGCAAAUAUUGGUGGAACAGGAAGUCUAACAGGAACGGGAACCAAUUUAGUUAUCAAAGUGUUAGUCGAUGACUUGUAUCCGGAAAGUGAUGAAAUAACAUUCGGUUCUUGGAUAGUUUAUAGUUUACCUGGAGUAAUCAUUUGUGUUUCAAUAGGUUGGUUUUAUCUGUGGCUGAUUUAUUUUAAAUGUUCGAAAUCUUAUCACAGAAUAGCUUCCAAGCAAACAAUACAAGAUGUCAUAUCCAAAAAAUAUAAGGAGCUUGGAUCUAUUCGGUUCCAUGAGGCCGAAGUUAUAGUGUUGUUCUUGUUGUUGGUACUGCUGUGGGUGUUUAGAGACCCUAAAUUUGUAUCAGGUUGGCAAAAUCUGAUUAGUUUUGAUAAGAAAAUUGGAGAUUCGGUACCUGCUAUAGCUAUUGCUUUUCUCCUGUUCUUUUUACCUUCCGAUAUCAGAAAUUUAGAUAGUCCUCGCAUACUGGAUUGGAGAAGAGCGCAAUCAAAAUUACCAUGGGGUGUUAUAAUACUAUGUGGAGGAGGAUUUGCUUUAGCUGAUGCUGCUCAGAGAUCAGGAUUAUCAAAACUUGUCAGCACUCAACUAUCUCCCCUUCAAGUACUACCUCCAAUCGCCAUUGUCACAGUAGUUUGUCUCAUGUCCACAAUGCUUACAGAAAUUUUAAUGAACACUACAACAGCCACAAUCCUAAUGCCUGUUUUCAACCAAAUG